AUGUUCGGAAGUGUAGAUCAAUCAGUUUACGAAGCUGUUUCCAUGGAAUUUUUAACCAAUUUGGAAAGUGAAGGAAAAGGAGUGAUGCGAUCAAAAAUUCGAACUGCUUUUCGAUGCAAAGUUGGAGUGAUGCCAGAGCCAAAGGUAUCUCAUAAUAAUGCCGCAUCUGCUGCUAUGUCAGAUAUACUCCGAUUUAUUUCCGGUAGAAUCGGUGAUUACGAAAAGCAACAAACUAUAAAGGAUUGGACGGAUAAAGUGAUGAAAGAAAUACCUCAUUUCAUGUACACCAUGUUUGGACGAACACGGAAACAUGUCGCUCGUUAUCUGGCAAUUGAGUUGAACAGAGUAGAAAAGUUGGAUGGAUUUUCGCUAAUGGAGAAGCUACAGUUGGCUUUUAUGAGGAUGGAAGUGUACAAAAACAUGUCAAAAAAGAGAAAAGAACGAGAUCAGCACGAUGGCGAAGAUGAACGUCCGAUGGAGGGAGAAGAAGUGCCAAAUCAAGGUUUCUAA